AUGCAACCAGCACGACCCCCGCCCCGAGCGCCGGGCAGCUUCAGCCCUCUGCCGGGCUCGACAGCUUCCUCCUCCAGCGCACCGCCGCCGCAGCAACGUCCACGACCUCCCGCCCGCGCCGACUCCUCGAGCAGUGAAGAGAAUCUCGCUAUACACUUCGUCAAGCCACGGAGCCACGCACCGAGCGCGCCCACCGCCCCCUCCUCCGCGACGCCGAUAUAUGCCCAGUUCACUUCCCAGGCCAACUCGAGCACCGCGAGCCUGCAGAACUUCUCGCGCCCGACCGCCCAGCGAUCCGGCACCACACCCGGAGGACCAGCAGGUUCCAUAGGAGGAGGAGGGGCAAGCGAAGGCAGAAACCAUGACCUGAGCGUCAACACCCACAUCGCAUCCGCCGCCGCCCGUACCGCGAGCCCCUUGACGAAAGGCCACUCGAGGAAACAUAGCCAAACGCCCGGCCUCUUCGACUCGACACUCCCGUCCACGAGCACCUCGAACCUCUCCCAGCAAUCGAGUCCGGCCCUUUCAGCCAGCCAGAUCGCGGCACAAGCCGCCGUCUUGCAACACCAGAGCAACCAACAGAACCAGCAACAACUACAACACGCUCGACAGCGGUCGCAGACCGUACCGAACCCCAACGGCGGCGACGCCGUCGACAACGUGAGGAGGGGAAGCGGCGCGAGGGGCCCACUCAGCCCGCCUAUGCUAAGCCUGACAGAGGCCAGCGCUCCACGAGAGAGUGGUUUUGGGAACCAAGGAUACCACAACGGCCUGCUGGGUACUUCGGCCGCGACGACAGCAGCGAACGCCGCCUUUCCACGGUCGGGGCAGACAUCACCGGGUCUAUCUCAGUCUCAGCAGCAACAGCCUCAACAACAACAGCAGCACAUCGCCCACCAACAGUCACAGCAUAGCCCAGUUCACUCCGUCCAUCCUGUUCAUCCCCCGCCGCAACUCAUCCCCGAUCCGAAACCGGCGAAGCCAGAAAAGUCCAAGGUGAAGCUCUUCUCCCGCCCUGUCAAGAUCGGCACCAAGGGCGAUCCCAAGGACAAACCGCUCCCGAGCCCCAGCAAGAUCGGCAGCGCGCUCGCAUCAUUACAGCGCGGUAAUUUCAGCACCAGCAGUCUGAUCGAUACCAGCGGCCAGUCCAUCUACAAUCUCAACAACUCGUCUUCUGCAACCAUCCGCGCCGUGCCCGAAACGCCCACCAUGGAGAAGCCAGAAGGGCGAGAAAAGGAAAAGAAGCAUCACUUUCUGUCGCGGCAGAAGCACAAGCUCAAGGACGAAUUCCACCUCCCGCUGUCGUCCGCAUCGAGCAACUCGAAACCCACAGACCCCAGUGCCCCGUCGAGUUUAUACAGUUUCAACUUACCCCCUAGUCCGGCCCCGACUGCAACGUCGUUUGGCAAGGGACGUCGGGACAAAAAGACUGAAAAGGAGAGCAGCGGCCUCGGCGUCGAAUCGAGUUCUCUCCCAUCAGAAUGGCCUGGGCCAAGCAGUCUGCCAAGUCUGACGCACCAGUCGUCGUAUCUCUCGGAACCAAUUGAUGCAGGCAAGUACGGCCUCAACAGCAUGGCGCUCGAUGAUGCAUGGCCGUAUCUCAAGGCGAAGAUGCUCGUCAUCUUUGAGGGCGAAGAUUUGCGACAGCCCGUGGAAGACUUCAACAAAUUGGUGACACUGCACAUACAAUACUGCAUCCAGCGCAGAUCGCCGAAUAUUAUUCUGGAGGACCUGCGCGAACUUCUUGCGACCGGCUUUGCCUCAUUGGACCACACCCUCAGGCGCACUCAGGAAGACAAGGUCAUUCCGGCGCUGGUGGAGAUGUGGCUCAUCACCUACACCUCGAUUUUGCCAUACAUGCAGGCCGUUUUCCUCCCUUUGGAUCUCGAAUUCUCCGGCUGCGGUGUCCUCAUGAACCCGGACCAGGCCCGCGACUUUUGGGGCGGCGUCAAGGCGGCUCCGAUGUCUACCGAUGCACCGCAUGUAAGACCGGCCUCGGCCGUCUUUGACGUUCGCCGCAUCGUCCUGACCGCAUACCGCGACAUUGUCAUCCUCCCCCGGUACGAAUCACUCAAGACAAUAUUCUCCCGCCUCUCACUCGAAUUCCUGCCUUCGUCAUUUGCCUCAAUGGCACUCGCUUCUCCCCUCCCGGAUCCUGCGCUCUCGUCCAGCCCCGCCGACACCAUGAGCAUGAUGCGCCCGGGGACCGCAAUGAGUCUUGACCCGUCUGUGGCAAGCUACAACUCCAACGCGACGACCCUACUCGGCGAUGCAAGCUCCGGGGCUGGCGGACGCAGUCGUGGUCUCAGCAACGUCAGCUACGCCAGUGCUGGUAGCGAUGGGCAACUCCGGCCCUUUACCCGUGAGCAGAACGUCGAGGACUCGAAACAGGUCACGGAGAUGGUCGGUCGCAUGCUGCAAUGCAUGAGCAUUCUCGCCAGCCUCGGGGACGUCGCGGGAGACGGCAACGACGAGGGGAACAGGCGGAUGGAGGAGCUCUGCCGGCUGCUCAAGCUCAACUGGCUCGGCAGGGGGCGGACGGGUAGGAACCGCCGUGGUAUCGUCGGAGGCAGGCGGCGGGAUAUCCCCGAGUCUGUACGGGAAGGUUUGCGCGUGAUUUAG